CGUUGAUCACCUUUUCUCUCAAGUGCUUGCUCACCCACGCUCCCUAUCACCCUCUCCAUCAACACGCAUCCACCUACUCGCACAAUCGCGCUUCCUCGCUUUCCAUCAUGCCCCGUUCCCAACGCUCUCCUUCUGCAACGACGAGCUUCACGCAAGCUUCAGCAGCGCCGCGCUUAUCCGGCGUGACCAACGAUAGCGGCGUGGACGCCUAUCGUUCCUGUCGAUCCUCGAUGGAUCUCGGGCGCUCAGAGCAGCAGCAGCCUGAACACGGCGAGGAGCACGUCACAUUUUCCGAGGGCGAAGUGACUCCUCGAGUAGACUUUGAUCCGGAUGCGGAGGGUUACGAUGGUGAAGAUUAUCGCAAGGCCAACGUCGCUUUGCGGCGCGGCUCGCAAGGCGGCAAGACCAUUUCGGCCAAACCUUCCAUGACGCCAACGCUGGUCGGUGCGGAAGCAGUCAGGCAAUCGAGAUUCACAUUCAACAAGAGCAGCGCCGAAGAUGCUGCUGCUGCGGCGGCGGCGGGCGUCAAGCAUCACGAGGAAGCCAUGGCGAUCAGCGAUCACAAAGUGGCCGCUCAUCAACCGCCACCUUUCGAGUACGACUUUUGGGGCAGAAGAUGGAGCUUGUUCUGGAACCUUGUCGCUGUGGUGGCCAUCAACUCUAUAGCGCCAGCCAUUGCCUUUUACAUUUCGGGACACGUGACGAACCAAGUACCAGCGAAGCAGUACAGCUGGGUCACCCUAAGUCUGGGAACCCUAGAGCUGUUUCACUAUCCCUUUCGCGCUUGGCAGAUUUGCAAAAAGGAUUUCGAACGAUCUGCUUAUCCCAGCUCCUUUGGUCGUAGCAGGGUAGCAGGUGUGGGCGCGGGUGCAGGCUACUCGUCCUCAUCAGAUGCCAACCUCUUGCCAUCAAGCACCGCUCGACGCGAAGGCGAGAGCGGAACGCGCUACGUCUUGCGCUUCAUCGCAGGCGUGCUCCUCCACUUUGACUUUUUCCAAUGGGCGCUACUGUGCGGAAUGGUGGUGGGCGCCGUCUUGCUCAGUCUAGCAGCGGGCACAAACGGCGAUCGUGGCAACUUUACCCUGCUCCUACUCGCCAUUCCCCUCAUCGCAGGCGUGAUCGGUGCUGCUCUAUUGCUCAGCGUGCUCCUCUACGCUUUCUCCAUCCAGACUCCCAGCUGGGCUUACGUCUCUUGCGUCACACCUCGCCAACGCAUUCGUCCUGCCAUCUACUACGUCAUGGAAGAUCUAGUAGCUGUGGAUGGCGCUGGCGCUUGGAAGUUUAGGGAUGUGUCUCUGAUCUUUUCAGUGUGGGGCAUCCUCUUUCCUGUCUGGGCAGGCUUGCACACUUCCCGCAUGUUGACGCGCGAGAGGCAUUGGUUCGCACUUAACAGCCCUUCGGUCUCUGCUGUGCAACCGCCUGCCGAAAAGGCUGCAGAAGGGCAGUGA